GUCCCCAGAUUUGACGUUUUUCCACAGGAGAAUCCAGUUAAUGGCCAGUGAAUCGCUGCAGGAGAGGCUGACCUGCAUUUACUGCGAUGCGUUCUUCACGACCAAGUCGGGUUUGCGGCAGCACACGCGACUGAAGCACGCAGACGUGCAGAUCCGGUGCGACCACUUCCACUGUCCCACCUACUUUCGCACGCCCGAGGAGAAGCGGCAGCACGGGUUGACCGAGCACGUGGUGCACGUCGGCUGCCCCUACUGCGACAAGGUGGUGAAGAACCUGGGCCAGCACAUCCGUAACAUCCACCCUGAGAAACUGAGCUUCAAAUGUCCCUUCAAGAACUGCCGCGGCUACUUCGGCUCGGACGCCGAGAAGGAUGCGCAUUUGGAACGAGAACACCAGAGCAACUGGGAAAAACGCAAACGAUGCCAAUUCUGCACGUACACCACCCUGCGCUCGCACAACCUCGAGAGGCACAUGAACAACAAGCACCUUGAACUCCGCAUCUCUGAUUACGUGAAUGAGCUCAGGCAGAAGUACAGCACGCAGCUUUGACAUUAAUGCGCUGCCGUGAUUUAUAUCUA